AUGUACCCUGCGAAGCUGCGCAUCACCCAUGAGAGCAAGACCCACAUCUUUGAUUCUGUACCUGAUGCCGAGUCCUUCCUGCGCUCCAUUGGGAUUGCACCACCUUCCAGACCCGAGGACUGGCGGGAAUGGCCCGACCAACAACGCUUGACUUCUCCGUCUGGCGCCACCGCAACUUCAGCAGCUGCAACUGGCCCGUCCGACGAUGACGCAACUUCGGCAGCUGCAACUGGCCCGUCCGACGACGACGCAACUUCGGCAGCUGCAACUGGCCCGUCCGACGACGACGCAACUUCGGCAGCUGCAACUGGCCCGUCCGACGACAAAGCAACUUCGACAGCUGCAACUGGCCCGUCCGACGACAAAGCAACUUCGGCAGCUGCAACUGGCCCGUCCGAUGACGACGCAACUUCGGCAGCUGCAACUGGCCCGUCCGACGACGACGCAACUUCGGCAGCUGCAACUGGCCCGUCUGACGACAAAGCAACUUCGGCAGCUGCCGACGACAAAGCAACUUCGGCAGCUGCAACUGGCCCAUCCGACGACGACGCAACUUCGGCAGCUGCAAUUGGCCCGUCCGGCGACGACGCAACUUCAGCAGCUGCAAUUGGCCCGUCCGGCGAUGACGCAACUUCGGCAGCUGCAUCGGGUCCUGAUUGA